AUGGGUCGCCUUUCUCGAGACAAAAGAGAUGUUUUCUAUCGACGUGCGAAGGAAAAGGGAUACCGUGCUCGUUCCGCAUUCAAGUUGCUUCAGCUAGAUUCUGAAUUCAAUCUGUUUGAAGGAGUCAAACGAGCAGUUGAUCUUUGUGCGGCUCCAGGCUCUUGGAGUCAAGUUCUUGCUGAUCGACUAGACUCAGACGAUGCCAAUCCCAACAUAGUUGCUGUAGACUUGCAACCGAUGGCACCGAUCGAUGGUGUGCUUUGUAUCCAAGGAGAUAUCACUUCGUACGACACCGCACGAUCGAUUCUGAGCCCUUUCCAGACAAAUAGAGCAGAGCUUGUGAUAUGUGAUGGUGCUCCAGAUGUGACGGGAUUGCACGAUUUGGAUGAGUACCUUCAAGCACAAUUGUUGAUUAUGGCUGUCAAGAUCACAACACACGUCCUUGUAGACGGCGGAACAUUUGUGGCAAAGAUCUUCCGAGGCCGCCAUGCAUCUCAGCUCUAUGCUCAACUGAGACUCUUGUUCGAUCGAGUUUCAAUUGCAAAACCGACAAGCUCCAGAAACUCGUCCCUCGAAUCCUUUGUUGUCUGCCAACAAUUUAAAGGUGCACCAUACUUCAACUUAUCGCUGGACCAAGACACGGUUCUCGAGGGUUCCGACAUUCCUCCGGCGGUACCUCCCUUUUUGGCAUGUGGUGAUCUUUCUGGAUGGGACGAGUCGGAACAAGUUAUGAUGGAUGCUGACAAGAGUUACCCGAUCGAACAAGAUUAUGUCGCGCCCAUUGCUCCACCAAUUCUUCCACCCCACCAGGCUCAAAAUGUGCAGAAAGCCAAUGGAAAGGAAUAA